CUCUCCUCUCCCUAUCUCUCUUUGUUAUUUUUAUUUAUUUAUUUAUUUUCUUUGUCUUCCUUUCUGCCCAUAAAACAAUGAAAAUAGCAGAUUACCAAUCAUCCUUUCCCCUGUAUAGGAAACACCCAUCAUUGCCCCCAACAGUCCUUUUCAAACCUUAGAAACCUGAGCUUCUAAGAUAAUCAUCCAUCCCCUUCCCAUUCCAUCCCAACUCCAAUUCUAAUUCCAAUCCCACAAUUUAAAUAUCCCUCCUUCCAUUCCUCCCCUUUUCUCCCUUGUUUAACAACCAACCACCAUCCCCUUUCUUUUCUGCCUCUCCUCUGUUUCUUUUCUUUUCUUUUCUCUCUCAUGAUGGAUCCUUCUUCCACCAACUCUGUGAAUGGCUUCUACUCCUUCCUCACCCGAGGAAUCGACGAUCUGGAACGAGUCUUCCUUUCCAACAACUUCAUGUCAAUUCAAUUCCUCCAAAGAGUCCUCUCGCUCCUCAGAUCAUUCCAUACCCAAUUGACUCUUCUUGUUCAAAAACUUCACUUACCAGUUGGUGAAAAAUGGCUUGAUGAGUACAUGGAUGAGAGUUCCAAGCUCUGGGAAGUCUGUCAUGUCCUCAAAUCCAGCGUAUCGGGUAUGGAGAAUUACUACUCUGCCGGCUUCAACAUAACCUCCUCUCUCGACGCCCAUCGCCAUCUCUCUCCACAGCUCUCUCGUCAGGUGAUUCGGGCGAUAUCAGGGUGUAGGAGAGAGGCGGUGGGAUUGGAGGAAGAAAACAGGGGAUUAAUGGAGACAAGAAUUGAGCCACUGUCACUGAGAUUUGAUGAGAAAGUCUCUGUUGAAUCAAAGCUCAAUGGGUUUAAUGGAUUCAGGGGAGUUCUUUAUGCAAUGAGGAAUGUUAGUUCGCUUCUUCUCAUGAUCUUGCUAUAUGGGUUAGUCUACAAUUGGCCUGAAUCAAAUUUCCUCAGAGGAAAUGGAGGAGGUGGGUAUGAAGAUUGCUUGCUAUUUAGAUCAGGGUUCAUGAUUUCAACAGCUAGGUUGCAUCAGAGAGUGGUGGCAGAGGUGAAUCAGAUCAACGGGAGGCCGGGGAUUUUGAUGUUUGAGUUUCGGAGAUCGAAGGCCGCCAUGGAUGAGCUGAGGGGAGAAUUGGAGAGGAGGAGCUCACAGGGAGUGGUGCCGGAUUGGGAAACAGAGGUUGGGAUUAGAGAGAGAGUGGACAAUUUGAAGGGUUGUUUUGGGGUGUUGAGAUCAGGGGCUGAGAAUAUCAUUGGACAACUUGAUGAUUUCUUUGAUGAGAUUGUUGAAGGGAGGAAGAAGCUCCUGGAUUUCUGCAGUCACAGGUAGAGAGAGAAACAGUCAAGGAAAAUCAAGAGAGAGAAAAGAAGAAGAAGGAGAAGAAUCAGUUGUGGAGUGGUUGUACUUUUUUUUUUUUUUUUUAUAUAUCUUUUUUUCUGUUCUUUUCUUUCUCUGUCUAUUCCUCUUCUUGUGAUUACUUGUUUUUUAGAGCCUACUACAGCUGAAGAAGAAGGAGGAGGUUAUCUAUCUUUUCAAGAACACAUGAGAGGAAAAUUUUGAAGGAAAAGGGAAUCUAAAUCUGAUUUUUCUUUUUUGUCUUUUUUCA